AUGCCCGUGGUGCGGUCCAGGCUGAACGACAACGGGGUUCACGUAGACAACCCGGUCAUGUCUCGAGGAUCGGCGACUGCGGCGGUCAUGACGACGCUUGUCGUCUCGGCAGCAACAGCACAGAGCGGUCAGCGAUCCGCAGAGGCAGCACGCGCAGUCGUCGUCGCAGCAGCAGCACAUUGUUCAGUGGAUGAUGGUCAGGCAGUCGUCGCUUUGUUUCGAGACAAAUGCUGA